AUAAAACGAACUGCAUCGCAGCUAAGAACUACAAUCUCACAUCCUGGUAUCGGGAGGCGUUCAAAGACGUAAAGUUCAGCAUCAAGUCUGAAUAAUCCACAUCGCCAUUUGUUGUGUUUCUCGGGGUAUAGUUGAAGAAAAGCAGUAUUGCAAUUAUGAGUGACAGUCUCACCAAUGGGACACACAGCAAAAAGCCUCUGCUGUCGGACCCUCAGCUUUUCGAAGACCAUUUUGACGAGCUGGUAGCGGAGCUCACAGAGAGGGACCUCAAGGAUCCAGCCCUGGCAGACGCCAUGAACAGACUGAGAGAGGUUUUAGUCUAUAAUACCCCGGGAGGGAAGAGGAACCGGGGUCUGUCUGUCAUUGGCUCGUUGAGAGAACUCGUGCCUCCGAGCCAGCUUACCCAGGAGGCUGUGCAGCGGGCUCUAGUGGUGGGCUGGUGCGUUGAAUUGCUUCAGGGUUUUUUUCUAAUCGCUGAUGACAUCAUGGAUGCAUCUAUGAUCCGGAGAGGAAAACCUUGCUGGUACAAGAAGGAUGGAGUGGGAUUGGAGGCCAUUAAUGAUUCGUUCCUCGUGGAAAGUUGUAUAUACAGACUUCUGCGGAAGUAUUGCAGAAAGCAGCCGUACUACGUUCAUCUGCUGGAACUCUUUACAGAUACCAGCUUCCUGACAGAACUUGGCCAGUCUCUGGACCUCAUGACAGCGCAACCAAACGACCUAAGCAGAUUCACUUUGGAGAGGUAUAAAGCGAUUGUCAAGUAUAAGACUGCAUUUUAUUCGUUUCACCUACCAGUGGCUGCUGCUAUGUACAUGGCUGGGAUUGACAGUGAGGAGGAGCACAAUAAUGCGAAAUAUAUCCUACUUGAGAUGGGGGAAUUCUUCCAAAUACAGGAUGAUUAUCUGGACUGCUACGGAGAUCCUGCUGUAAUGGGAAAGAUUGGCUCAGACAUCCAGGACAAUAAGUGCAGCUGGCUGGUGGUCACUGCCCUGGAGGUCAUGACUCCCGAUCAGAGGUCACAGUUGGAGGCAUGUUACGGCCGCUGUGAUGAUGCCAGCGUGGAGAAGGUCAAAGCUCUGUACGACGCUGUUCAGAUUCCAAAGCUGUACCAAAAACAUGAAGAGGAAAGCUACAUGCGGCUUCAGAAGCUCAUUGCACGUCAUGCUCAAAACCUUCCUCAUUCAGUCUUCUUGAACUUUGCUCAGAAAAUCUACAAGAGGAACAAGUGAGGAGAGAAUUGUUUCAUCAGACUGGCUCUAGACUUCCCACAAAUGCACCACAACGGAGCUGAAGCCGCUCCUCUGACUUGACUAAGAAUGAAGUGUUUAGAAAUUUUGCACGCAUUUUUGUCCCAGUCAUUAUCAAAAGUUAUUUUUGUUUGUGUUUGUCUGUGAUCUCUCUCAAAGUUCACCCUCUAUUUAAGUAUAUUUUCAUCCAUUUGAGUGAGCGUCAGUUGAAUUUGAAUGAGAAAAAAAUGAAGAUACAUAUAGAAGAUACAUUCAGUUUCAUCUUCCUACAUAUUUUUAUAUCAUAGCUGUAAACUGUCCUUCAGGAUUUUAAUAAAAACGAUUUGCCUGGUC